CUGCCCCUCAUUUCUCUACCUCUCAUCAUCUCUCUCUACCUUUAUCCUCGGCGCGAGGGUCUCCGCAGCGGCGAGGAGCUUUGUGGCGGGCGAGCAACUCCCGGCCGGCGAGGCCCCUCCCUGCUCUGCCCCUCCCCUCCUCCCUCACCGACGAGCACCCGCGCCACCUCGCCAAGAAUCACCUCCUUCGCCAAGAAACCACCACCUGCUUCGCCAAGAAACUGGCCGGAUGGAGAAGAGGAUGGACGCGGAGGCGGAUCCGCGGCCAGAGCAGCAGCAGGACAGGGGAGGUGGAUGUGGAGCGGAAGGACGGCCCACCACGUCCUCCGUGACCAGAGUGGGAGAGCAGCAGCAGGCUGCCGCGGCCAGCCACCAAGAGUUGUUGCGGUCGCACGUGCACGGCGAGGCCGAGGACGGGAGCGCCGCCGCGGAGGGGCCGCAAUUCCGGCCAUGGGUCUGCCUGCAAGUUUCUUUGGGAAGGAAAUCUGUUCUCGUGGAUGAUUUGUGUGAUCCUGCUCUUAGGAACCGAGCCGGCCGCCCGAGCGCCGGCAGCAGGAGCUCGGAGAAGCCGCCGCCGUGGGUGAUUUUUUUCUCUUUUUUUUUCUUAUUUUUCUGAAAUAGCGAUGCAUAUGGAAUUGUAUAGAUUGUAAGAUGAUCGAUUCUUUGAAUGAUUUGUGAAAUCUAUGGAUUGUAUCUAUAUUUUAUGGUU